CUCAUUUAUACAUUUUACGUCUAUGAUCACGACUCGCUGCUAGAUGCGCAUGUGUGGAUGAGAUUUGCCCCACCAUUUACUGCGCAUACAAACAUGAUGUACACAUGAACGAAUGACAGGUCCAAUGAUCUAAUCUCGAGACUCGGGAUCGCAACGCGGCCGUAAUGACUCGUUAUUGCACGUACGAAUCCAUUGGAGGGAGUGUAAUAAAAACAUAAUCUCAAUGCCUAGAACGGUAGUGAAUCAUCGUGAAAGCGUGAGAUCACCGUAGAGUGGGUACAACAGACGACGACGCGAAAGUUGACAGGCAUCAUGGAAGUGCUGGAUCCGAGCGUUUCUAGAGACGAUCAGCCCCUUUGCGUCAACGAUUCUCUAGAGCGAGUUAAUACAUUGCAGAUUCCAGCAGAUACCAAAUCAUGUAUAAAAGCACGUCAUACAUUGGGUUUCCUGGGUUUUCUUGGCUUUGCCCUUGUUUAUGCUAUGAGGGUCAAUUUAUCAGUAGCCAUUGUCUCCAUGGUUAAUCAGACAGCGAUACCGCAUACCGAGGAUAAUGAUACUAGUGAUGUUUGUCCUAAAACUAAGCCAAUAAAUGGAACUUUUAUACCGAGCGCGGGAGAAUUUGCUUGGAAUGAAAAGACUCAAGGUAUCAUACUGGGUGCUUUCUUUCUUGGCUAUGUGACGACAAAUGUGCCGGGUGGUAGGAUGGCCGAGAAAAUGGGCGGCAAAUUAAUUUAUGGUCUGGGAGUGUUUCUGACUGCUGUUCUAACAGUGAUAAGUCCAUUCGCCGCAUAUUGGGGUUUAAUACCGUUUUUAGUUGUACGGGUCGCAGAAGGAUUUACCGAGGGAGUAACAUUUCCUGCGAUGCAUAGUAUGCUGGCGCAUUGGGUACCACCAUUGGAGAGAAGUAAAUUUGCUGCUAUAGUAUACGCAGGUUCGAAUUUCGGAACUGUUGUUUCGUUACCAGUGAGCGGUUGGCUGUGUUCAUUGGAAUUAUGGGGCGGUUGGCCACUUGCAUUUUAUUUAUUUGGAGGACUUGGUCUUGUAUGGUAUGCAUUCUGGUUGAUAUUUAUAUACGAUACUCCUUCGCAACAUACGAAAAUCGAUCCUUCCGAGAAAGCAUAUAUCGAAGCUAGUGUUGAGAAAAAAGACGAGAAUGACGAUUCGGGAGUACCUUGGUUAUCUGUCUUCACUUCUCUACCUAUGUGGGCUAUUACUAUUACACAAUGCGGUCAGUCUUGGGCAUUCUACACUCUUUUGACCGAGUUGCCGACGUACAUGGACAAGAUUUUGCAUUUGAAUGUACAACAGAAUGCAUUCCUUUCGGCGUUACCUUACUUGAGCGCUUGGUUGGUGGGACUCGGUAUUUCGAGCUUUGCGGACGCGCUCCUCGCACGUCGUCUGAUCUCGCCCUUGACCUCGUUCAAAUUGUGGAACACGGUUGCCUCGUUAGGUCCCAGUCUCAGUUUCGUCGGUGCUAUCUGGGCCGGAUGUGAUCGUAUGACCGUGAUGUUGAUGCUCGCAGGAUUAGGCUCUCUUCAAGGCGCGAUGUACGCUGGAAAUCAAAUGAAUCAUAUCGCAUUAGCGCCUCGUUACGCGGGAACUUUGUAUGGAUUGACAAAUGCUGCAGCAAAUGCGUGUGGCUUCUUGGCACCUUACGUUAUCGGCAGUAUAGUAGUGGGACAUGAGACACUUGCACGCUGGCAUACAGUAUUCUGGAUGGCAGCAGGAAUAAACAUGAUUACUAAUUGUUUCUAUUUGUUGUUUGCAUCUGCUACUGAACAGCCAUGGAGUAAAGGUGAUAGUUGAUGACGACAUCGCAUUAGAGACGCGAUAUUAAAUGUGGAAAAUAAUAUAUUCUCUAAUCAUGUUGCACACAGUACAUUUUAAUUUGGAUGGCCAAUUUUUUAUAAUAUUCGGUAUAGAUAUUGCCGAUUAUUUUUUUGUAAAAUGAUUUAAUAUUUGUUAAUAUCUUUUUAAAGUUUUUAUAGUCUAAUCGUAUUUAUCAUUAAGUGAUAUAUACAAUGACAAAUGAGUCGUAUUUCAGUAUUAUCAAUUUCUAUCGACACGUGAUAAUUAUAGAUAGCGUUACCCGUAUGGCCUUUGCUUUAGAUGAUUGAAAUUGUUAUAUUUUUUUUACCAAUUUUGUUUUCAAUCCAGAUUCAGAUGGCAUCAAAUAUGAAACGUGGGUAUAUAAAAAUAUCUGCAAUUUUAUAAAGAAACUAAGUAAAUACAAAUCUUAAGUUUGGCAUAUAUAGUGAAUGUUCUUCUUCCAGUUGAUAAUUGGAAAGGAAGUGAUUAUAUGUGUAAAUUAAAAUAAUUAGAAUAAAAUUUUCAAAGCUUCGUUUUCGAAAAAAAUAAUUUUAAAUUUUAAUAAAUUUCAAUAAAUAAUGUCUUAAAAUAAUAAAUUAUCAUGAAAAAGUUACAUAUAAAAUAUUUUUAUUUAAUAGAAUAGUUUCAAUAGCAUAACUUCUUUUGAAGCAAUUCGACGAGGCACAAUACAAAGUCAUUACAAGUUCUCAAUACUUUAGAGAACAGUAGAUAAUAAUUUUUCAAUUCUAAUGUCAAUUUUUUUUCAUACAAAAUCUUUCCUUUCUCGAUUAUAUUACCAGAGAAAUUUCUAUAUAAAAAUGAUAUUUAAUUUUGCAAAUAUGUUGUACUAGAUAUAUGUAUUUCACAUACACACAUGUAUGUACACGACAAUACACACAAUAGAUAAAAACACACUUGAAAUCUGCUAUAUA